AUGAUUUACCUUCUUUCUUUUCUUUAUUCUUCUCUUCACUUUUUCUUCUUGCUGUUUUCAUUCUUCCACCAAUUUUUUCCUUUUUAUAUUAUUUUGUCUUCUCUUUCAGUUUUCUUCUCACCUUCUUUUUAUUCAUAUACUUCAGCUUUCUUUCUCUUCUUCACAUUUUCAUUCUUUUUUAUUCACAUUUUCUUUUCUAGUUUAAUUCUCUCUUUAUACUUUUCUCAUUUUCUUUUCUUUUUCACUUUCCUCAUUUUCUUUCUUUCUUUGUUUAUGCUUUCUCAUUUUCUUUCUUUCUUUACACUGUUCUCAUUUUCUUUCUUUUUUCUACUUUCCCAUUUUCUUUCUCUUUAUUUCUUUAAACUUUUCUCAUUUUUUUCUUUACACUUUUUUCUUUCUCUUAACUUUUUGUUCCCUCAUUAUUUGUUUUCAUUUCCUCCUCCUCCUCUUCAUUAUUUUCUCUCUCUCUCUCUCAUACUUUAUCCAUUAUAUUUUCUUUCCCAUUUUUAUCAUUCAUUAUUUUUUCUUGUCUUUUUUGUCUCUUGGUCUUUUUCUUUUUUUCUCUCUUUUAAGGUCUUUUUUCUUCUAUUUAUUAAAGUCUUUUUUCUCUCUUUUUAUGUCUUUUUUCUUUUUCUAAUUUUAAUAUCUUUCUUUCUUGCUCUUCAUUUUUAA